ACGCUUUCAUCCACCACUGAACCACAAACCUCCAUCUCCCUCCGCCUCGCUCCCUCCGAGCAGCGAGUGGCAUCCAUGGAAACACCACGAGACCACGUCGAGCACAUUAGGAAGACCAAGUUCUCCAUCGGAGGAGAUACCAACCCCUUAACCGAAGACCUUCAUCAGGCCGUCAAGAACCUUUCCGCCGAACUCUACACCAAAGAUGUCCAUUUCCUCAUGGAACUCAUCCAGAAUGCGGAGGACAAUGAGUACCCGGACGGGGUGGAUCCGUCGCUGGAGUUUGUCAUUACCUCUCGUGACAUCACAGGCACGGGGGCGCCGGCAACUCUGCUCAUUUUCAACAAUGAGAAGGGUUUUUCUCCAAAGAAUGUAGAGUCCAUUUGCAGUGUUGGGCGGUCUACCAAGAAAGGCAACAGGAAACGUGGUUAUAUCGGGGAGAAAGGGAUUGGAUUCAAGAGUGUCUUUCUGAUCACUUCUCAGCCAUACAUAUUCAGCAAUGGCUAUCAGAUACGGUUCAACGAAGGGCCUUGCCCCUACUCCAAUGUUGGAUACAUUGUUCCUGAGUGGGUGGAUGAGUACCCGACUCUUUCUGAUAUCAAAGAAAUAUACGGUUCAAGUUCCACCAUUCCAACCACUACAAUUGUCUUGCCCUUGAAGCCUGACAAGGUCAAACCUGUGAAGAUGCAGCUUUCAAGUGUUCAUCCUGAAGUUUUGCUGUUUCUUUCAAAGAUUAAACGCCUUUCAGUCAGGGAGGAUAAUGAAGAUCCAAAACUUAAUACUGUGAAUGCAAUAGCUAUUACAAGUGAGAUUGAUUUUGUGACCAGGAAGAACAUUGAUGCUGAAUCCUAUACACUCCGUCUUGCUGCAGAAGAAAAUGGUGAUGGGUCUGAAAAAGAAUGCAGCUACCAUAUGUGGAAGCAGAGGUUUCCUGUCUGGAAGGAAAAUAAAGUUGAAAGGAGAAUGGAAGUUGAGCAAUGGGUGAUCACAUUGGCUUUUCCAAAUCAGGAGCGUCUACAUAGAGGGACCCCCCUACCUGGGGUCUAUGCAUUUCUUCCUACGGAGAUGGUCACUAAUUUCCCAUUCAUAAUACAAGCAGAUUUUGUUUUGUCAUCAUCAAGGGAAAUGAUCCUCUUGGACAACAAAUGGAACCAAGGGAUUCUUGAAUGUGUGCCCUCUGCCUUUGUCAGUGCAUUCAUCUCACUGGUGAAACUGACAGAAAAUGCUCCAAUAUCUAGUUUGCCUCGAAUGUUUGGUUUCUUGCCUGUCAACAGUUCUUCCUUUGCAGAGUUGAAUGCUCUAAGAGAAUCAAUUAGAGCAAAGUUGGUUGAAGAAGAUAUUGUUCCAAGUGAGUUGGUCAUGGAUCAGAGGCUUUUCCACAGACCUGAUGAAGUAGGUAGAAUUGAGCCUGCUUUCUGGGACAUUUUAAAGAAGGCAGGAGAAGAAGGGGUAAGCUUGCAUAAUCUCUCAUCUCAUGAUAGGUAUAUCUUGCAUUCCUCAUUUGAUAAGGCAGAGUAUGAUCAGUUCCUGAAUUUCUUAGGAGUCACCCAAUUCGACUAUGAAUGGUAUGCAGAGUGCAUCCGUGGUUCUAAUCUUGUGUUGUGGGUUUCAGAUAAUGUUUACAUGGAGCUUCUUCUGUUUGUUGCUAAAAACUGGUCAAACUUUUGCAGCACCAACAUUAAGAACAUACCACUUCUUAAGUAUGUUAGUGAUGAAGAAAAUGUGUCUUUAUGCAGCAUUUGUGAAUCCUCUAACAGGAAUGAUCCCAGGCUAUGCUUUUCAUCAACUUAUGAUCAUGCCUCAUGGAUGAUUAAUUGGAAUCAGGAAUUCAGAUAUGUGGCUAACUGUUAUUUUAUGCCUAAAAGCACACAUGAAGCCUUCCAAACAAAUUCUGAAAAAUUGGUGACGGUAUUUCAAUGGCUUCAAGAACAGGCAAAAGUUCAUUUUCUUGAUGUUCAUAAUUAUGCAUUGAUUGUGAAUGAAAAUCUCCCCAGUGACCGGAAGCUUGUUGUAACCUAUGCUCACUUCUUGUGUCACUCAUUCUUGAAGAAAUUUUUGUCAGCAGAGCAGGUUCGUACUUUGUGUGGUAGCAUGCCAAUUGUAGAUGAUUAUGGUGACGUGAGAACUAGAUGGACAGGAGUUCUUGUCCCUGCUAAUGGUAGCAAAUGGGUGAAUUUGGUUGUUUCAAAACUGUGGAAAGGAGAAGACUAUGUUGUCUUGGGAGAAGACUAUUUGCGUCCCAGCAGUUUUGCUGGUCAGAGAACCUCCAGUGAACAACUCGAAAACACAUUCCUACUGUUGGAUUGGGUUCAUAAUCUGAAAUUAAGAGGAAUGAACCUUCCAGAGAAAUUCUUGACAGGUCUGAGGAAUGGCAGCUGGUUGAAAGUUAAAAUUAAUGGCUCUUCCAGUUAUAGACCCCCUUCACAGUCAUUCUUCUAUUCAUCAUCGUGGGGGGACAUUUUGCAGAAUGGAUCAGUGCUCGUUGACAUUGCGCUUAUUGAUCAGAGCUUUUACGGGGAUAGAGUGCUUGGGUACAAGGAGGAGCUGAAAACAAUGGGAGUAAUGUUUGAAUUUGAAGAGGCAUGUCAAUUUAUUGGGAAGCAUUUCAUGUCUUUGGCAGCUUCAUCCACUCUAAGUAAAGAGAAUGUGCUUUCCAUCCUUAAUUUCAUCAGAUUUCUCAGAAAGAAAUUUCUUCCUCCCGAUGAACUCAUAUGUAGCAUUGAGAAGGGAAGAUGGCUUAGGACGAGUCAUGGUGAUAGGUCUCCAGUUGGAGCUGUCCUGUUUGAUCAGCAGUGGGAACAUGUAUCACAAAUCAGUGAUAUCCCUUUCAUUGAUAUUGACCACUAUGGCGAAGAAAUCUUAUGUUUCAGAACAGAACUCCAGUUACUUGGUGUUGUAGUUGGCUUCCAUGAAAAUUAUAAACUUUUGGUUGAGUACUUGAAACCGAAAUCAUGCUUAAGAUCUUUGAAAGCUGAGGUCUUUCUUUCGAUAUUAAGAUGCAUGAAGCAUCCAGAGUCCAAUGAGAAACUUGUUGCAGCACUUGGUGAUGUUAAGUGUUUGAAGACAAAUCUGGGCUACAGAUCUCCACAAGAAUGCUUUCUGCCUGAUCCCGCUUGGGGUUGCCUUCUUCAAAUUUUCAAUUGUUUCCCGAUAAUUGAUCAUGAGUACUAUGGAAAUGACAUCUUCUCUUACAAAGAUGAGUUGAAGAAAUUUGGUGCCAUUGUGGAAUUUGAGGAUGCAGUCAAAGCCUUUGCCUCCAGUUUUAGGCAGAAAGCAUCUUCGUUUUCUAUUGGAAGAGAAAACGUUAUGUCAUUUCUUUCAUUUUAUAGAAAGCUGAAGGGAUCUCCCCAUAAAUUUCCUCCAGGUCUGAAGAAAUGUGUCCAAGAGGUAACUUGGUUGCGGACUCGUCUUGGUUAUAUUAGGUAUCCAAAGGAUUGUGUUCUAUUUGGUCCUGAAUGGGAGUCCAUCUCUCCGAUUACUCGCAUUCCUUUCAUUGACGAUUCUGACAAUUUUUAUGGGAAGGACAUUCAUAGCUAUAAAGAUGAGCUUAAGAGCAUUGGAGUUGUUGUUGAAUUGAAAAGUGGCGUGAAGCUUGUGGUUGAUGGUCUCUGCUUUCCCCAUGAUCCUCGCCACAUAGCUCCUGCAACUGCGCUUUCAUUGCUUAAUUGUGUGCGGAUUUUAUUAGAAGGGAAGGGCUCCUUGCCAGAGGGGUUUCUGAAAAAAGUCUCCAAGAAAUGGUUAAAGACCAACACUGGGUAUAUGAGUCCUGAUGAGUGCUUGCUGUUUGACAAUAGUUAUGGCUUAGAGCAGAUUGACGGGCCAUUCAUCGAUGAAGAAUUUUAUGGUUCUGAUAUUAACUCCUACAGAAAAGAGCUGAAUGCUAUAGGAGUUACUGCUGAUGUAGAAAAUGGAUGGGAACCUGACAGUGAGGCAACAAGAAAAAUUUGGAUUCCUAAUGGAAGCAACAAUGGGCAUUGGGUUGAUCCUGGUAAAUGUGUUCUACAUGACAAAGAUGGUCUCUUUGGUUCGCAGUUGAAUGUUUUGGAGAAAUAUUACGCGAAAAGAGUACCACUAGAUUUUUUCUCCCGUGCUUUUGGGGUUAGAUCCUAUCCUUCACUUGAUGACUAUUGCAAAAUUUGGACAGCUUGGGAAGCCUCAAGAUCUCAGUUGUCAAAUGAUGAGUGCUGUGCAUUUUGGGGGUAUGUUCUAAGGAACCAGACUUCAGAAGAAAUAGAGAGAAUUCUUGCUGAAAGGUUGGUGAAGUUGCCUGUGGAUUCAAGUUCAGAUGGAGUAUUGUUAUUUGACAAGCAAGAUGUUUUUAUUGCGGAUGACCUUCAGCUCAAGGAUCUUUUUGUCCAACACUCUCCACUCUUUGUCUGGUAUCCUCACCGAAGCUCACCCAAUAUCCCUCGGGCUAGGUUGCUUGAAUUAUACAGGAAAAUUGGGGUUUGCACAUUAUCUGAGUCUGUGAAAAAGGAAGAAUUAUCCUUGAUAUAUGGCUUGGAGCUUAAGCAGGUUAAUCCAAGGGAUUUUUUUAUUGGAAGAGGGCUGAUUUCACUUCUUCUUGGAUUUCUAGCAGGUCCUUUAGCAAUGGAAGCAGAAGAAAGGCAUAAAGCUGUUCAGUGCCUCCUCAAUGUCACUGUCUAUGAGACUUCUGAACCAUCUACUCUGAGUUAUAGUUUAUCUCUGUCCUCUGGAAAAAUCUUAGAGGUGGGAGCAAGCCAAAUGAUACAUUGGGACAGAAAGAACUCGAAGCUUUUCACACUAAAGAGGGACAGAAUUGCUGGUCAAAAGAAUCUCUUUGAAUAUGCGUCAUCUUUCUCUGAAGAAAUAGCCAAGGGAGUACUUUGGGAUAAAGAAGAUCACAUAAAAUCAGUUUCUGACCUGAUCAAGUUGGCAUUUCUCCUCAAAUUUGAUGAAGAAGCUGUUGGUUUCUUACUCAAGUCAAAGAAUUUGCAAGUUUUUGUGGAGGAUGAGGAGUUCCUUUCAGGAACCUUCUCCUGCAAGUAGGCAUGGUAUAUGAAAUGGCAUGGUGUGGUAGUUUCUAACAUCAACCCAUUGUAUAAGAACUAAGCAGUGACCAUGUUUGCUGAUUCUAGUACUCUACAAAUAUAUCUAUUAUCUAGAUGUGCUGUUUGCAUCUGUUUUUAAUUCUCUUUUUAUGUUUAACUUUAUGUUAGUAUAAGCUGAGAAUAUUGCAGUUAAGCCAUUAGAGGCAAUAAAAUCUUGAGUCUACA